UGUCCACAUCAAUGCCAUCAUGAUCAGCCUGGAGCUGCGUUGAUCGGAGCUGUGCAACCACAUAACCCGUGAUGGAGUGAUCAGCCCGCCGUCAUGCACUUCCACUCUCUCCCGUAGAUAUCACGGGCUGGUAUAUGUGGAAAACACCGCUCACUCACGCUUAAGAGACGAGUUGCGACACGGAAUGACAUUCAACAAGCAACGCUACUCAGUGGAGCUAACUUUUUUUCAGGCUACUGUUUCUCUCUCUCCCUCUCUCUCCCUCUCCCUGUCUCUCCCUCCCUCUCUCCAGAUCGAGCUAGUUUUCUAGCUGUUUGAGCUAACAGUACACCGGGUUAUUUUAAUGUAAUUAUCUACACGACUUCACCAUCAUCGCGUUCAAGGAUCUUUCGGCUCAUGAGGCAUCGAGGCCGACGCCACCAAAAUGAAGAAACAGUUUAAUCGGAUGAGACAGCUCGCCAAUCAAACAGUUGGCAGAGCGGAGAAAACAGAGGUCCUCAGUGAUGAUCUGUUACAGAUUGAGCGUCGCAUGGAGUCAGUGCGCGUCGUUUCACACAACACGCACAAAAAAAUGGCCACAUGUUUGCAGGGGCAAAUAGGCACUGAUGCUGAGAAGAGACAUAAAAAGCUUCCACUAACAGCGCUGUCACAGGCCAUGCAGGAUGGUGGGAACCAGCUGGGAGAGGAGUCUCUGAUUGGGAAAAUGAUGGAGAUGUGUGGGGAUGCAGAGAACAGACUGGCCUCUGAACUAAUGCAGCAUGAGAUGCAGAUUGAGAAAGACAUCUUGGACCCCCUUAAUCAGUUAGCAGAGGUGGACAUUCCUAACAUCCUGAAACAGAGGAAACAGUUAGCCAAGCUGGUGCUGGACUAUGACUCUGCCCGAGCAAGGUGGUUGCAGGCAACCAAGUCAAUAAUCUCAGGAACAAACACACAAGCACUGACAGCCAAAGCAGACUCACUAAAAGAGGAGGUUGAUGAGGCUAUGAACAAAAUGGAGCUGUGCAAGGAUCAACUUUCAGCAGACAUGUACAAUUUCUUCUCAAAGGAGGCGGACUACGCCUGCUACUAUGUCAUGUUAUUAGAGGCACAAGCGGAUUACCACCGAAAAUCUCUCACCUUGCUCGAGAGCGUCCUGCCAACCAUUCAAGCUCAACAAGAUUCAUGGACUGAGAAACCAGCAUUUGGAACAGCCUUGGAUGAGCACCUGAAGCGGAGUAGCAGAGAGAUCGCACUCCCAAUAGAGGCCUGUGUCAUGAUGCUACUGGAGACUGGAAUGAAAGAGGAGGGUCUUUUCAGAAUAGCUGCUGGAGCCUCUAAACUGAAGAAGCUCAAGGCAGCUCUGGAUUGCUCCACCUCACAGCUGGAGGAGUUCUAUUCUGACCCGCAUGCUGUUGCUGGGGCAUUAAAGUCGUACUUAAGGGAACUGCCCGAACCUUUGAUGACUUACCAUCUGUAUGAUGAGUGGAUACAGGUAUCUAAUGUCCCUGACCCAGACAAACGGUUACAAGCUUUGUGGGUUACCUGUGAUCAGUUACCAAAAAACAACAAGGCAAACUUCAGAUACCUUAUAAAGUUCCUUGCUAAGCUCGUACAGGAGAGUGACAUUAACAAGAUGACCCCCAGCAACAUUGCCAUUGUCCUUGGACCCAAUCUACUGUGGGCUAAAACUGAGGGGAGCCUAGCAGAAAUGGCUGCUGCUACCUCUGUUCAUGUGGUUACUAUAAUUGAACCCAUCAUUCAGCAUGCAGACUGGUUUUUUCCUGAGGAUGUGGAGUUUAAUGUAUCAGGCAUGUUUUCAAUGCCCGCACCCCUCCCAAACAAUGUUAACCACCUGACCCCACCAGAUUAUGACUAUGGCACUAUAGAGAGGAAGAGACCUGGUAGCAUGGUUGGCCCAGAUGGUGACUUACCCCGGAGAGACAGCUCUGCUAAUAAAUUAAUGGACCACAAUCCUCGUAGAGGCAAUACUGUACCUAGAAAGCAGCACGCUUCGCCUGCCUUCCAACCCCCGCUGCCCCCAGUGGAGGCUGCAGGUACUGUAGGGGUUCAGCCUGUGGCUGAGCUCUUGCUCCAGCAGCCUGCGCCGACGGGCCUGGGCUUAGAGGGUUGCCAGACUGGGCUGGCGCUGGGGAUGGCUGCACUGGCAGCAGCACAGCAGCUUCUAGCUCAGCAAACUGAGGAGAUCAGUUCAAAGAAUCGAGACCCUGCGUCCACUCCUCCAUCUCAGAGAAAUGGCACUGGGGGGUCAGGACAGCUGUGUGCAGGGAACCCUGUGGCUGGAUCUACAGGGCCCAGUCCACACAUGGCACAAAGAGGUACAAAGAAGCCAGCCCCAGCUCCUCCUAAACCAGCCAACCCACCACCAGGGCAACCAACCAAUCAGUCAGUGCAACAAACCUCUUCAGGCACCCCUCAGUCCCUCAGCCCAUCCCCUAGACCACUCUCUAGUUACUCUCCAACCAAUAUAAGCCCCACACAGCCACAGUCACAAACCAACACAACCCCUCGUCGCCACUCAAGCAACCAGCCUCCCAUUCAGGCCCCCAACCAUCCACCCCCUCAGCCGCCAACACAAGUCACCCCCCCUCUCCAACCAAGCGCUCUUGGUCAUACUGCUGGUGACCCUGGAGAUGACCCCUCUCCUCCAAACACUCCCACUCCACCGAGUACCCCUCCACCCACGGCAGUCUUUCAAGACAGUACCAGUCUAUCUGCUCCCCCGGUGUUUCAGUCAGGAUCUCUUCCUCGCCCGAGGCCUGUGCCAAAACCACGUAACAGACCUACUGUUCCCCCUCCGCCCCAGCCUCCAUCUGCAGGAAACGACAGCAAUGGAAUUUGCAGUGCUGCCUUCAAAACACUGGAUUCGGGGAUGACAUUCAAAGGGCUUAGUCGAGCCCUUGUUCCUGACAUCGCUGUUGAGAAGCCCGUUGCCUUUCUUAAGGAGACAGACCUUGACACAGAGAGCACCAUCCUGUAAACAUGACCUUGAACACGACACCCAUUCCCUUAACCAAAGUUUGCUGAAGGGCUGCUCUUCUCACCAUUACCAAAGUGUUUAUUAUCUUGGCUGUACAUCUCUAAUACUCUAUGCUUCAGCCAAUCAACUCUUCCAGUGGCACCAGGGAAACCGCUGCCCCAACAUGUUGCACAUUAAUUUAAACCUGCCUUUUUAUUGUGAUGGCAGCGAAAAGUGACCUGUAUUGCACAAGGAGCUGAAAUGUAAGGGACUGGUUUGUAUGGUGAUGGGGUGAAUUUGGUGAACAAGGAAAUAAAUGGAUUGUAAUGAGGUGCUUGUAGGUGAGUCUUAAGUGACCUUUGCUAAACAGAGCUAAUACUCAAAUUAAGCUGUGGAAAACACUAAGUAAAAAGCAAAAACUGUGGCUUUAUGUGUAGUUUGUGACUGCAGGUCUCCAGUCAGCUAAUACAGUUCACAUAAUAUGUGGAAACACAAAUGUGUAGUUUCCAUCAGUGCAUUCCUUUGUUGUGAAUGUGUGUGUGUUUUGUUUUGUUUAGUUUUUUCUAGCCUUUUCCAGUUUGGAUAUUAGUUACAUGCAAUAUUUGGUUUAAGGUAUAAAAAUGCUGAUGAGUUUUUUUGCCUUUCACAGGUGAUGUUGUCAUCAUUUGGGGGCAUUAAUAUGACUGGACCUAAAAAAUGAGGUAGAGCACUCAGUGUUAAAUUGUGUAAAAUUAAUCCUGAUUGCUGCAUAUACGAAAGAAGCAAUUUCCUAUUGGUUAUCAAAUUUCAGAAAUGACAAAUGAAGUAGGCUAUUCACCUGUGAGUUUAUGUGAUGGAAAAGGUCAAAACGUGCUUUAUUGAUAUUCUGGUAUGGAAACCUUGUUAUGUUAUACCUUUUAUUUACCAGACCUUAAGAAGAUAGCUUUGUAUUUCCCUAUUUUUACCAUGGACCGAAUUGACUGAGAAUGGCAUGGUACCAAAGUGGGGGAAAAUGUGCCAGCUGGAGAUUCUUCUAACUGUACAUUAGCUCAGAUCAGACAGAAUUGCUUACAUUUUUCUCCUUCCUUAUCUCAUAUUCUAUUAUCUGUCCAUCACAAUUAUCAAAAUAACCAAAAAGUGUUGAGGUUGUGAUUGACCCAUUUUGAUACCCUGACCCUAAGAUAAAAUGGAUUUCUGAUCACAAGAAUCAACCUCAGUAGCUGCCACAAGCACCGAGUGCAUGAGUGCACAUACCACUGAUUAUCAUUGGCCCGUCAGCCAUCAUAAAAUAUAUAAGGAAUUAAUGUUCACUGCUAAUCAACCCUAUCAGCAUUCACCAGAUUACUGUUGUAACCAAUGUGAUCAGCUUGUUAAUUCAUUACAUGACGCCACUGCUUCAGCAACAAAUUUUUUCCCCAAAGGCAGAAAAAUUGGUUUGCCAUGUUCACAUGAUGAGAAAAAUGUACACAAUCAUGCCCUCUGGUCCUUGGAGUAUUUUUCCUUUAGUAAAUUUCCCUUGUCUUUACCAUGCUGCCUUACCCAAGUGCACUACAAUAACUAUUUUGCAAAGGUUUGGAAAAUACACUUAUUUUCGACUUCACACUUAUGAAACUGUAAAUGUUGAUGGUGCAUUUGAAGUUCAGAGGCUUCACGUCAGAAGACAUAUUCCUCUUUAAUUACUUUGGGAAAAAAUGCAUAAUAUUACUGCUUCAAAGAGAAUAAAAAAGUGA